AAGUAGAAAUUUCGUUACCCAAGCCGGUUAUCCACCACCCGAAGUAACCAAAUCAAACCGAUUCGUCAUGUGCAGCAAAAAUAAUUUCAACGUUAUAAUGGAGAAAAUCAAUACGGGUAUCCCGACGUGCCCGAUCAAUUUGGCCACGUUGCGGACGCGGCUGCCCGAUCUCGGCAGCUGGAGCCUGCCCCACAUAUGCAAGGAAGCGGUCACAAAUAGCGGCGGCACCACAACACCGGAGGGCACAUCCGGUAACUACAGCAGCAACAUCACCGCCACGGCCGACGCCUUCUACCAGCCGCCGGUGCCGGGUUCGCUUCAAACGGUCCCGGUCAACGGUACGGCCGUCACCGUACAACCAACGGCCCAGCAACACUACCACCAGACGAAUCUGCACAAGCACUACAAGGCACACAAAAAGAUGCCGGCCUUCCGUGGGCGCCGGGGCUGGUGUGGCUGUUUGCAGGAUGACGAACCACCCGAAAUCUGUGUGGUCGAGGGAGUGUUCUCCCUGCAAACACUCACACCCACCCAACCAAUGCCGGCCAUCGACGAGCUGGACAGCAAGUUCGCCGAGUUGGUGGAGGAGCUUGACCUCACCGCACCGAACAAAGCGGCCAUGAUGAGCCUACCGCCGCAGAAAAAGUGGCAAAUCUACUGCUCGCGCAAAAGUCCCCUCGACAGUGGUCCGAACGGUACACCGCUACAAACAGUGCCACCCUCGCCCGAACACUACAUCGAACGGUUAAAGGAUAUGGCGGUACAGCUGAAGGCAUGCGCACCGGACGAGUCGCCGACGCACGAGUAUGGUCCCAAGAUCGAGUCACAAACAGCACUGUUCGACGCGCUCAAGACGGCUCUCCGUACCUCUGCGCACAGUUUCGUGAUACGCUUUAUCGAACUGCAAGGCCUACCGGCACUGCUGGAGCUGCUGCAGGUGCUCGACAUACGGGUAGCGAACAGCCCUCUGCACACCAGCCUGAUCGGAUGCAUUAAGGCACUGAUGAACAACUCCACCGGCCGCUCGCAUGUACUCGCCCAUCCGACCGGUAUCGAUACGAUCGCACGCUCGCUGGCAGCCGACAACAUCAAGACAAAGAUAGCAGCGCUUGAAAUACUCGGUGCGGUAUGUUUGGUUCCGGGUGGACACAAGAAGGUGCUGACCGCGAUGCUUAACUAUCAGGAGUACGCGGCAGAACGGGCCCGCUUUCAGGGCAUCGUGAACGAUCUCGACCGCUCGACCGGUGCGUACCGGGAUGACGUCAACCUCAAGACGGCCAUCAUGUCGUUUAUCAACGCCGUGCUGAACUACGGACCCGGGCAGGAGAAUCUCGAGUUUCGGUUGCAUCUGCGCUACGAGUUCCUGAUGCUUGGCAUUCAGCCCAUCAUCGACAAGUUGCGCAAGCACGAAAACGAUACACUCAACCGCCAUCUGGACUUUUUCGAGAUGGUUCGCAACGAGGACGAAAAGGAGCUGGCGCGCAAGUUCGACCACGAGCACGUGGAUACCAAGAGCGCUUCGGCCAUGUUUGAUCUGAUACGUCGCAAACUAAGUCAUUCGCCAGCCUAUCCGCAUCUACUGUCGCUGUUGCAGCAUAUGCUACUGCUGCCACCUCCCAGUACCGGUCCGAACGCUCAGCACUGGCUACUGUUCGACAGGGUUGUCCAGCAGUUGGUGUUGCAGCACGAGGAACGUCCAGCCAGCGACUGUCUCGAUCCGGAUGCACCGGGUGUGGACAAGCGCUCCGAAACAGGUUCGGUUGCGUCUGCAUCGCUCAAACUACAGGACCCCGACGUAGCACCACUCUCGAUCGAUGUUCGAAAGAUCGUUAAGUUGCUGGUGAAAGAGGAAGAAUUGGUGGCGGCCCGUACUCGAGCCGAAGAUCUGGAGCGUGAAAACUCUGAAAUAGCAGCACGACUAGCCAAAAAGGAGCAAGAUCUCGACCAUCGAACGCAAGAAAAGGAAGACCUCGAGACCUCGCUAGCCCGUAUGCGGGAGCGAUUGGAGAAAGAAAGCGCCAAUCAUUCACAGGCGGUACAGCGAGCACUCAAUGCGGAAAUGCGUGCCGAGGAUCUACAGCAUCGGUUCGUUAGUGAGCAACAGGAACGGCUACGUCUGGAGCGUCUCGUUACGGAGGGUAGCAUUCCCGAUGAUCAGAAGGUUGCCGGAUUACAAGGAGCCAAUUGUAAUGGACAGGCAACGUCACCUCCACCACCACCACCAGCACCCUGCAAACUACCACCUCCUCCACCACCACCAAUGAUGAUGCCUGCCGCACCGCCACCACCACCAGCACCGGGUGGUUUGCCGAAAAUGGCACCGGCCGGUCCGCAGGCACCUGCAGCUCCGAAAGCUCCGGAAGCACCGAAGAAGAACGUUCCCCAGCCAGCCAACCCGCUCAAAAGUUUCAACUGGUCCAAGCUGCCCGACAGCAAGUUGCAGGGCACGGUGUGGAGCGAGCUGGACGAUACCAAGUGGUACAACAGCAUUGAGCUCGAGUCGAUCGAUAAGCUCUUCUCUGCCUACCAGAAGAACGGUGUUGCGAAUGAUGGCUCAAUCGAGGACCUGCGAUUAAUCGGCAAGAACAAGGCCAAGAUUUUGUCCGUGAUUGAUGGACGUCGGGCACAGAACUGUACCAUUCUGCUCAGCAAACUAAAGAUGACUGAUGAGGAAAUCUCCAAGGCAAUCUUGUCGAUGGACUCUAAUGAGCAGCUGCCGAUCGACAUGGUGGAGCAAUUGCUCAAGUUUACCCCGUCGGCCGAAGAGCGUGCACUCUUGGACGAGCACUCGGAAGACAUUGACUCACUAGCACGUGCCGAUCGGUUUCUUUACGAAAUCUCAAAGAUACCUCACUACGAGCAGCGGUUGCGUAGUUUACACUACAAGAAGCGUUUCCAGGUCACCGUAAACGAUCUAGCGCCGAGAAUCGCUAGCGUUAUGGAGGCGUCGCGCGAAGUAGCUCGGUCGCGCAAACUCCGAAAACUACUCGAGCUAGUCCUUGCGCUCGGUAACUACAUGAAUCGUGGAGCACGUGGCAAUGCGUCUGGUUUCCGACUCGCCUCACUUAACCGCCUGGCAGACACAAAGUCUAGUGCGGCUAAGGGUACGACGUUGCUUCACUAUCUGGUGCAAAUCAUCGAGAAGAAGUUUAAAGACAUCCUCACACUCGAGGAAGAUCUGCCGCACGUGAAGGAAGCCUCGAAGGUGUCGCUCGGUGAGAUGGACAAAGACAUUACGAUGCUUCGUGCCGGACUGGCGGAAGUGAAUCGUGAGAUUGAGUUCCAUCGGAGUAGCGGUGCAUCGCAGCCUGGUGAUCGGUUCCUGCCGGUGAUGCGUGAAUUCCACGCCCAAGCUUCGGUACGCUUUGCCGAACUGGAAGACCAAUUUCAGGAUAUGAAAACGAGGUUUGAUCGUGCCGUUCGACUAUUUGGUGAGGAUGGUUCGGUUGUGCAGCCGGAAGAAUUUUUCGGCAUCUUCGACGGGUUCCUAUCCGCCCUAAUGGAGGCAAAGCAGGACAAUGAGAAUUUCCGACGGCGCCAGGAAGAGGAGGAAAAGCGUGCCAAGCAGGAGGCCGAGCUCAAAAAGCGAACCAUUGAACGUAAGUCAAAGGAAGGUUUGCUGAAUUCGGUCGCCGGUAAGUUGGGUCUCAAGUCCAAACAUACGAACGGUACCAACGGUGGUCCAGUAACUGCAGCCGAUGCCAACAACAAGGGUGAGUUCGAUGACCUCAUUUCGGCACUCAGGACGGGUGACGUCUUUGGUGAGGAUAUGGCCAAAUUUAAACGUUCGCGCAAAACGCGCCUCGGACCGAACGGGACCAACAAUACGUCACCACCGCGCAGCCGGAACAGUAUCGGACGUGAGGACAGCCGCGAACGGACCGGUGUCGUGAACCGGCGACAAUAG